GAGCGCUGCUGUCUCUUGUUGAAGAAAAGUACGUAAAGAUGGGUCGUAUGCAUGCACCAGGAAAGGGUAUAUCCCAGUCAGCGUUGCCAUAUAGACGCAGUGUUCCAACAUGGUUGAAGUUGACGCCAGAAGAUUGUAAAGAACUGAUUUUUAAACUAGCAAAGAAGGGUCACACACCAUCUCAAAUUGGUGUAGUUCUUCGAGAUUCACAUGGAGUGGCUCAGGUGCGUUUCCGGACAGGAAACAAAGUUUUAAGGAUUGUCAAGAGCAUGGGACUUGCACCGGAUCUACCAGAGGAUCUUUACUACCUGAUCAAAAAGGCAGUGGCUAUCAGAAAGCAUUUGGAAAGAAACCGCAAAGACAAGGACAGCAAAUUCAGAUUGAUUCUUGUUGAGUCCAGAAUCCACCGACUAGCACGAUACUACAAGUCGAAGGGUACCCUCCCGGCAAAUUGGAAGUAUGAGAGCUCUACCGCCAGUGCUCUUGUCGCUUAAUUCUUGUAUUUCCUAAUAAAACAAAAUUUUAAACAUA